AUGAAGCUAGUUGAAUUUAGACUUGCGAUGCCUCUAACCAUGGAGGAAUACAAAAUUUGUCAGUUGUAUCUUUUGGCCAGAGUAUCACAUGAAGAUGUAGAAAAUACAUUAUAUGGAGUUGGUCAUAACAACAAAUUUGAUUCAAGAAGUUUAGUAAUUUUGAAAAAUAAUAAAUAUGAAGAUGAGAAUGGAAAUGAUUCGAAAUAUAUCUUUAAAAGAAUGAAUUUGGUGAAUAAAAUACCAAAAUGGUUAUUAAAUUUUGUUGAUCCCAAAUAUUGUUUAAUUGAUGAGAAAUCAUGGAUUGCUUACCCAUAUUUAAAAACUGAAUAUGAAGCUAGUGGAUUUCCAAAAGCACGUGUACAUGUAGAAUCAACACAUUUUCCAGGAUAUAACACUGAAGACAAUCCAUUUAAUAUAUCAGAAGAAUUAUUAGCUCAAAGAAAAGUUAUUAAUAUUGAUAUUGUGAAUGAUAAGCUACCCUCGAAGGAUUAUUUACCUGAAGAAGAUCCAACUUUAUUUUAUAGUGAAAAGGCAAAAAGAGGAAGAUUAACUGAAGAUUGGAUUAAUAAUAGUAAAGUAAUUAUGACUUGCUAUAAAUUGUUUACUAUUGAUAUUCCUUACUUUGGUAUGUUCUGCUCGAAAUUAGAAAAUUGGAUUGUUUCUGUUAUUAAAGAAAGUCUUCUAAAGUAUCACAGAAAAGGUUUAUGUUGGAUUGAUGAUUGGAUGGAUUUAUCAGAUGAAUAUAUCAGAAAUUCUGAAUUAGAGUCACAACGAACGUUAGAAGAAUUUUGGAAGGAUGUAGGUUUAAAUGUAGAAGAAGAUUCUUCCUUAGCUGUUGAAUUCAUGGCAAGAAGGGAUUAUUCUAAAAAUAAAUGUAAUCCUAUGCAGCAUAGGGACUCUCCUUUUGUUCAAAAGGACUGUGAACAUGUCAGUAUGGAUGAAGACAAUGGUUCCCGUGAUUCAAAAUCUAGCUCAUCCCAAAUUAAUGCUGGAACAAACACCACGAGUAUACUAGUAGGAGAGGAGGGAGAAGAACAUGAAAAUGAAGUGAAAGAAGCGCAUGAACAACAUUAUCAAGAAACAGAUUCUGUUGAGAAUAAGAAGAAAAAUAAUGGAGGAAAAUGUAUAAAGGAUGAUUGUUCAGAAUGUGAUAAAAAUGAAAAAGUAGAAAAAGAAAGCAAUCUUAGAAAAUGUACUAAUUCAGAGACACAUAACAGCAAAAGGAGUAAAAAUAGUAAUAUCCAAGGUAAGGAAGAUUCAGGUGAAACUUUACUCAUUUCAGGCACAUCUGAAGAAGGAAGUAGCCUAGGUGAUAAGGAUGAGAUGUUGCAUAGAAUUGAAUUAGACGAUGAAACAAAUUCAAUUGAUUCAAAUUCGUCCAAGUCGUCUGAUGGAUCCGAUGGAAGCACAAAAAUGAGUAUCAUGAGUGAUAGCACUGGUAGCAGUAGUAGCAGUUGCAGUAACACAGAAGGAAUGAUGGAAAAUGUUGAUGUAGAUCAGAAUACUGAAGAACUCAUUGCAAGAGCGAAUAAACCCAAGAGUAAAUCAUCAUCAGUGGGGGGAAAAGUGUCAAAUGGAAAAACAAAAAAGAAGAAGAUUGAUAAAGAGUCUUCCUCUUCUUCAUCUGUUAAUCAUAAGAAGCAGCAAGAUGCACCAAAAAAUGUGAUGGAAGAAGAAGAAAAAGAAAAGACAGAAGAGAAAAGCAAAAAACAAAUGGAUGGGAUUGAUACCAAGAUCAGAAGUAGAGUUCUGUUUGAAUCUGUGUCAGAUAUAGAGGAAGAAGGAACAGUGACAGAUAACUUAGAUGAAAAAGUCUUUGAUAGUAUUUCCACGCAGAAAAGUUAUAAGGGUAAAGAGGAAUUUGAAAAAAUUGUUGAAUCUAAUAAAUUAGAUCACUCCCUGUUUUUUAAAAAUGACACAAAUGAGAAUAGAAGCAUAAAAAAAAGAAUUAAUAAAAGUUCUAAAAAUGAGAAGCAGAAAUAUAGUGAACAUGUGUAUCAUUUAAAUGAAGGAUUAUUUUACAACAGAAAAUUACAUAACUACUACAUCAUGAAGAAAAAUAAGCUUAGUUACUACAACAGUAGGGGAAAGAAUGAGCUGAAAGAAGAAAUAAAUUUGAAGAAUGAGGAAUUACAUAGAAUUGGAGAAUUUAAAGGAAGAAACGGCGACAUAUUUGUUGUAAAUAAUCUUGUGUCGAAGAGUGCAGAUUAUCUGAAUUCUGAAAAUGUAAUCGAAAUGGAGGAAAAGUCUAUGCUGGAUGUGAAGAUAACAACCAUUAUGAAUAAUAAGAAUGCUGAACAGAUGACAAGGACUAAUUGGGAAAACAGAACACAGAAGGAGGGAAGAAAAUUUGAGAAAAGUAAUGAUAUGCUUUGGAUGAAGAAAAUGGACUUGAAUAAUAUCCCGUGUAGUAUGAUAGGGGUCAAUAGGUUAGAUAUAGAAAAUUCUACAAAUAAGAAAGAUGCCAAGAAUAUUGAAAAGAUUACAAAUGUUGAGAUGAUGAAAAGACACUAUAAUAUAUUUUCUUCAUUGAGCGAAAAUAUAGAUGUAGAAGAAAUAAAGGUAAUGGAUAUGUUUAUACUUAAAAACAAACAUAUUUGGGAAGAGAACAACAACCAUAACAUGUUUUACUUAAUUGAUGGAGAAAAAUUUUACCUUAAUGAAAACGAUUACAAUGUUGAAAAGAUGUAUUGGAAGAGGAACUAUUUAACAUGCAAGGAUAUAGAAGCCAUUUCGAAUUCUUUCAGUAUUGAUAUGAAUAGUGUGAAUAAUAGUAGUAACAUAUUAGAUGAUAUUUCAAACAAUGUAGUAGAAGAUAUGUACAAUCACAAAGAAGAUAUGAACAGUAGAAAUAUGCAUACACCUUACUCAUUUUUUUACGUUUUGUCAGUAAUUUCAAUUGUCUAUUCAUUUAUGUGUAUUUAUAAACAUUUUAAGUUAAUGCUUUAUUUUUUCUUAUCGUCUUUUAUGUUCAUAUUUGUAUUUUUGUAUCAUGACGACAUGAACCAGCACUCCAUUUUGGGUUAUGACAAGGCUUAUACAUUUUCAUUAGAUGCACCAUCAAAUAUUAAUUCUGUGGCAUCAUUUUUAGCUAGCGAAAAUAAAUAUCAGAAAGGAGAAUUUCAUAAAUCCCUUUAUCAACAGAAAAAAGAAAAUAUAAAAUACGAAUUUGUUCCUUUUAGUAUGAAAUUCUAG